ACUGGGUGUCGGCGUGAACGUCGGGAAGCUGUGAAUGAACAUAAAUGUGGAACCUAAUGUGCUUUUCGCGCCGCUUGGUUUAUUCCAGUAUUUCCUUUCUGCUUCGGAAACCGGACACUAAGAUAUAGAGGUGAGGUGAUGGCGGAUUUGGCAGGCAGCAAAGAUCUCAGUGGACGGUCUGCUGCACACUGAACCGACUGAAAGCAGCAAAACACUGAAGGGUAUACAGAAUGGAUUUCUUUAAUUGGACUGAUGGAGCCUUCGCCACAAACAGCAGCAGUAACGACUCCUUUGAGACUGCAACAGUCCCCCCCAGUAAAAUCCUGCUAACAAUAACCCUUUCUGUCGUGGCAAUACUAACUACAUUCUUUAACUGCCUGGUGAUCACAGCUAUUGCUGUCACCCGCAAGCUGCACCACCCAGCUAACUACCUCAUCUGCUCGUUAGCGGUGACUGACCUGUUGGUGGCUGUGCUGGUUAUGCCCUUUAGCAUCAUCUACAUCCAGAAUGAAAAAUGGGUCAUGGGUGAGGUGGUGUGCACCAUCUGGUUAAGCAUAGACAUUGCGUGUUGUACCUGCUCGAUUCUGCACCUCGCUACAAUUGCCAUUGACCGUUACAGGGCCAUUACGGAUGCUGUGGAGUACUCCCGCAAGCGCACAGGAGCCAGGGCUGGUGCAAUGGUGGCAGUGGUGUGGCUCUUGUCCAUUCUUAUCUCACUCCCUCCACUUCUCUGGCGACACUACAGCAAUGAUGAAGAGCAUAAGGACCAAUGUAUCAUCAUCCACCAUCACAUGGCCUUCACUCUUUAUUCCACACUUGGAGCAUUUUACAUUCCCCUGCUGCUCAUUCUCAUCCUCUACUAUAAAAUCUACAAGGCUGCUCAGACGCUUUACAUGCGCAGAGAGGCUAGCAGGGCGAGUCGUCACUCAUGCAUGACCAAUGGGAGCAUGAUCCCUUCCCCCUAUCCUGCUGGAGACAGCGAUGGCGAAGGGGGUCCUCGGAGUCCGGAUCCCAUAAGUCCACCAGAAAAGUCUUUCUCCGAACCUUCUACUGAGGAAACACCACGUGAACGGGUGCGAGUCUCCAAAAAGGUUUUCAAAAGCAAGGCACGCAGGCACGACUCAAGAAGUGAGUCACGUCGCAGCCAAGUUUACCAAGCACCCCGAAUUUCAGGCUCACGGGAACGAAAGGCGGCGUCCACUUUGGGGUUGAUAAUAGGGGCCUUUGUAAUCUGCUGGCUGCCAUUUUUUCUCAAGGAGGUGAUUGUAAACACCUGUGGUUCCUGUAACACUUCCAUCGAAAUGGCAGAUUUUCUCACAUGGUUGGGCUACCUUAACUCUCUGAUCAACCCCCUCAUCUACACCAUCUUUAAUGAGGACUUUAAGAAAGCCUUCCAAAAACUUAUUAGGUGCAGCCAUUACCUCUGAUACUUAGUCAUGCAAGAUCAAACUCACACACCAUUAAACAGACAUUUGUAACAAAAACAAAGCAAAGGUAUGGAGUCAGACAGAAAACACUGAACAAACACUGAAUAUAAUGUAAAGGAAGGGAAAGAGAAACAAAAGAUGAAAAUGAGACUGGUUACCAUUUUCUGAAUUGAUUUUAACUUCUUCUACAAUCUAAAUGUGACUCAACCUCACUGAUGGUUUAAUGUUCUACUUUGGAG